GCGUUCCCUGCCCCGGCAGCAGGACAGAGCCCGCAGCCGAAUCGGCCAGGCCCCGGUGUGGGCAGGGACCCCGCGCGUGUGACGGCCCGGUGCCCCGGCGCUGCGGGGCCGGGCACGGCCGGCGCCCGUGGCCGGCCCUCCCCGGCCGCUCGCAGGUAACCACGCAGUGGUGACUCUCAAGGAAUUUUCCCCUUGCUUCUCUUGAAGGAGAAGUAGGUCCUGAGCAAGGAUGCAGCAGCCAGAAGCUGGUGACAAGGGCAGAGCCAUUCCCUCACCAUGCCCACCUCAGGCCAGCCUCACCGAUGGCUCAUUCUACACACGCCGCUGCAUCACUGAGGAUCUCAGCUGGUCCCUGGUCACUGUCCCCCAGCUCACUGAGCUCUGCAUCCAGCACAUCGCUCACAAUUUCGAAAAGAACCCUAUUUUGAACAAUCUUCUGCCUGAGCACCAAAAGAAGGUGGUGGACAGGCUCUCCACCAGCCUUCCACUCGCUGUGACUGCCAACACAGUAAGCCAUGAAGAGUACUGGAAGAGGUGCUGUAUGGAGCGCUGGGAAGUGUGUGACGUCUCCAACUAUGGAGACAGCUGGAAACGGAUGUUCUUUGAACGUCACCUGGAGAACAUUGUGCAGUUUUUCAUCCCUAACACCACAGACCCCCAGGAGGUCCUAGAGCUCAUCCCGCUCUGCAAAGGCUAUGUGCGGAAACUGGAGAUCAAUCAGUUCCUGCCACCUUUGCGGGUAGAUCAAAAGGAGGAGACCAGUGACCUCUCUGACACAGAGGAUGAUGCUGAAAUUGGUGAGGUCUACAUGCAUCACUACGACCUGAGAAAUCUCAUUACUGAUCUCCCUCACCUUGAAGAGCUUCAUCUCAUUUAUGGUGUGAAGAGCUGUGGCAUGAACUUUGAGUGGAGCCUCUUUAACUUCACUGAGCUGGACUGUUCCAACUUGGCUGCUGCCGUGAAGAUGUGCCGUAACUUGAAAGUUUUCAAGCUGACACGAAGCAAAGUGGAUGAUGACAAGAUCAAGCUCCUGGCCCGUAACUUGCAGAAUCACCCUUGCUUGUUGGAGCUGGACUUGUCCCACAAUCUCAUCAGGGACCACGGGGCACAAGCUCUUGGCAAGCUGAUCAGCCACAGCAAACUAGAAACCCUCAAUCUGUGUAACAACCAGAUCUCUCACCUGGGGGCUCAGGCUCUUGCUCACGGCCUGGCUGAGAGCUCCACCCUGACCUCCCUGAAUCUGCGCCUCAACUUCGUGGAGGACAAAGGCGGGGAGGCGAUUGGCCGUGCCCUGCUGACCAACAGCAGCCUCAAGUCCCUCCAUCUGGGAAGUAAUAACCUGUCAGGGCCAACCGCGGCAGUGUUCUCCCAGGUCCUGGCUCAGAACACCACUCUGACGAGCAUCAACCUCUCAUGCAACCACCUGGGGCUGGAUGGUGGGAAGAAGCUGCUUGAAGGGCUGGCAAACAACAAGACUUUGACUGAGCUUGAUCUCCGCCACGCAGAGGUGGAACAGGAGACUGAUUUCCUCAUUCACGAAAUUGUGUGGGCCAACCGGGAAGCAGUGAGGCUGGGAUCUCAGCAGCACCCCACCACUGAACCCCUCUGAAUAAAGUGCUCCAGGGAGCAAUGAGCUUUGGGUGUGCACUUUUGGAAACACUUUACUUCAGGGUCUUGGUUUUAUUUGCUUUUCUGAGAAACACUUAACUUGUGGC